UUUUCUUUAUUUUAUUUUUUUUUUGAGAGAGGGGAAUUUCGUCCCAAAUAAAAGGAAUGAAGUCUGGCUCCGGAGGAGGGUCCCCGACCUCGCUGUGGGGGCUCCUGUUUUUCUCCGCCGCGCUCUCCCUCUGGCCGACGAGUGGAGAAAUCUGCGGGCCGGGCAUCGAUAUCCGUAACGACUAUCAGCAGCUGAAGCGCCUGGAGAACUGCACGGUGAUCGAGGGCUACCUCCACAUCCUGCUCAUCUCCAAGGCAGAGGACUACCGCAGCUACCGCUUCCCCAAGCUCACGGUCAUCACCGAGUACUUGCUGCUGUUCCGCGUGGCCGGCCUUGAGAGCCUCGGGGACCUCUUCCCGAACCUCACGGUCAUCCGUGGCUGGAAACUCUUUUACAACUACGCCCUGGUCAUCUUUGAGAUGACCAACCUCAAGGAUAUUGGGCUUUACAAUCUGAGGAACAUUACCCGGGGGGCCAUCAGGAUUGAGAAAAAUGCCGACCUCUGUUACCUCUCCACGGUGGACUGGUCCCUGAUCCUGGAUGCAGUGUCCAACAACUACAUCGUGGGGAACAAGCCCCCAAAGGAGUGCGGGGACCUGUGUCCGGGGACGAUGGAGGAGAAGCCGUUGUGCGAGAAGACUACCAUCAACAAUGAGUACAACUACCGCUGCUGGACCACAAACCGCUGCCAGAAAAUGUGCCCGAGCGCGUGCGGGAAGCGGGCCUGCACGGACAGCAACGAGUGCUGUCACCCCGAGUGCCUGGGCAGCUGCAGCGCGCCCGACAACGACACGGCCUGCGUGGCCUGCAGGCAUUACUACUACGCCGGCGUCUGCGUGCCCACCUGCCCGCCCAACACCUACCGCUUCGAGGGCUGGCGCUGCGUGGACCGCGACUUCUGCGCCAACAUCCCCAGCGCCGAGAGCAGCGACUCCGAGGGGUUCGUGAUCCACGAUGGCGAGUGCAUGCAGGAGUGCCCCUCGGGGUUCAUCCGGAACGGGAGUCAGAGCAUGUACUGCAUCCCUUGUGAAGGUCCUUGCCCCAAGGUCUGUGAGGAGGAGAAGAAAACAAAGACCAUUGAUUCUGUUACCUCUGCUCAAAUGCUCCAAGGAUGCACCAUCUUCAAGGGCAACUUGCUCAUUAAUAUCCGCCGAGGCAAUAACAUUGCCUCGGAGCUGGAGAACUUCAUGGGGCUCAUCGAGGUGGUGACAGGCUACGUGAAGAUCCGCCAUUCCCACGCCUUGGUCUCCUUGUCCUUCCUAAAAAACCUUCGCCAGAUCUUAGGAGAGGAGCAGCUGGAGGGGAACUACUCUUUCUAUGUCCUCGACAACCAGAACCUGCAGCAGCUCUGGGACUGGGGCCACCGCAACCUGACCAUCAAAUCCGGGAAGAUGUACUUUGCUUUCAAUCCCAAGUUGUGCGUCUCCGAAAUUUACCGCAUGGAGGAAGUGACCGGGACGAAGGGGCGCCAGAGCAAAGGGGACAUCAAUACCAGGAACAACGGAGAGCGAGCCUCCUGUGAAAGUGACGUCCUGCACUUCACCUCUACGACUACGGGGAAGAACCGCAUCAUCAUAACCUGGCACCGGUACCGGCCCCCGGACUACCGGGACCUCAUCAGCUUCACCGUCUACUACAAGGAGGCACCUUUUAAAAACGUCACAGAGUAUGAUGGCCAGGAUGCCUGUGGCUCCAACAGCUGGAACAUGGUGGACGUGGACCUCCCUCCCAACAAGGACGCCGAGCCUGGCAUUCUGCUGCAGGGUCUGAAGCCCUGGACGCAGUAUGCUGUCUACGUCAAGGCAGUGACCCUCACCAUGGUAGAGAAUGACCACAUCCGCGGGGCCAAGAGUGAAAUCUUGUACAUUCGCACCAAUGCUUCAGUUCCUUCCAUUCCCCUGGAUGUUCUUUCGGCAUCGAACUCUUCUUCUCAGCUCAUCGUGAAGUGGAACCCGCCGUCGCUGCCCAAUGGCAACCUAAGUUACUACAUCGUGAGGUGGCAGCGGCAGCCUCAGGACAGCUACCUUUACCGGCACAACUACUGCUCCAAAGACAAAAUCCCCAUCAGGAAGUAUGCCGAUGGCACCAUUGACAUCGAGGAGGUGACCGAGAACCCCAAGACCGAAGUGUGCGGCGGAGAGAAGGGGCCUUGCUGCGCCUGCCCCAAAACCGAGGCCGAGAAGCAGGCCGAGAAGGAGGAGGCUGAGUACCGCAAAGUCUUUGAGAACUUCCUGCACAACUCCAUCUUUGUGCCCAGACCUGAAAGGAAGCGGAGAGAUGUCACGCAGGUCACCAACACCACCAUGUCCAGCCGGAACAGGAACGCCACGGUGGCCGACACCUAUAAUGUCACAGACCCGGAGGAGCUCGAGACAGAAUACCCUUUCUUUGAGAGCAGAGUGGACAACAAGGAGAGAACCGUGAUCUCUAACCUCCGGCCUUUCACCUUGUACCGCAUUGACAUCCACAGCUGUAACCACGAGGCUGAAAAGCUGGGCUGCAGCGCCUCCAACUUCGUCUUUGCAAGAACCAUGCCUGCAGAAGGAGCAGAUGACAUUCCUGGGCCGGUGACCUGGGAGUCAAGGCCUGAAAACUCCAUCUUUUUAAAGUGGCCAGAACCUGAGAAUCCCAAUGGACUGAUUCUCAUGUAUGAGAUAAAAUACGGAUCACAAAUUGAGGACCAGCGGGAAUGUGUGUCCAGACAGGAGUACCGGAAGUACGGCGGCGCCAGGCUGAACCGGCUCAACCCAGGGAACUACACGGCCCGGAUCCAGGCCACCUCUCUCUCUGGGAACGGGUCGUGGACGGAUCCCGUGUUCUUCUACGUCCCUGCCAAGAUAACAUAUGAAAAUUUCAUCCACCUGAUCAUCGCCCUGCCCGUCGCCGUCCUGUUGAUAGUGGGGGGACUGGUCAUCAUGUUGUACGUCUUCCACAGAAAAAGAAAUAAUAGCAGGCUGGGGAAUGGAGUGCUGUACGCAUCCGUGAACCCAGAGUACUUCAGCGCCGCAGAUGUGUACGUACCUGAUGAGUGGGAGGUUGCUCGGGAGAAGAUCACCAUGAGCCGAGAGCUGGGGCAGGGCUCGUUCGGGAUGGUCUACGAGGGAGUUGCCAAAGGCGUGGUUAAAGACGAGCCCGAAACCAGGGUGGCCAUCAAGACGGUGAAUGAGGCCGCGAGCAUGCGUGAACGGAUUGAGUUUCUCAACGAGGCUUCAGUGAUGAAGGAGUUCAAUUGUCACCAUGUGGUACGCUUGCUGGGCGUGGUGUCCCAGGGCCAGCCGACGCUGGUCAUCAUGGAGCUGAUGACACGGGGUGAUCUCAAAAGUUAUCUCAGGUCUCUAAGGCCAGAAAUAGAGAAUAAUCCAGUCCUAGCACCUCCGAGCCUGAGCAAGAUGAUCCAGAUGGCGGGAGAGAUUGCAGACGGCAUGGCAUACCUCAACGCCAACAAGUUUGUCCACAGGGACCUUGCUGCCCGGAACUGCAUGGUGGCUGAAGAUUUCACGGUCAAAAUUGGAGAUUUCGGUAUGACGAGAGAUAUCUACGAGACAGACUAUUACCGGAAAGGAGGCAAGGGGCUGCUGCCUGUGCGCUGGAUGUCGCCCGAGUCCCUCAAGGAUGGGGUCUUCACCACUCACUCUGACGUCUGGUCCUUCGGGGUCGUUCUCUGGGAGAUCGCCACGCUGGCCGAGCAGCCGUACCAGGGCUUGUCCAACGAGCAAGUCCUGCGCUUCGUCAUGGAGGGCGGCCUUCUGGACAAGCCGGAUAACUGCCCCGACAUGCUGUUUGAACUGAUGCGCAUGUGCUGGCAGUACAACCCCAAGAUGAGGCCUUCCUUCCUGGAGAUCAUCAGCAGCAUCAAGGACGAGAUGGAGCCCGGCUUCCGGGAGGUGUCCUUCUACUACAGCGAGGAGAACAAGCCGCCCGAGCCGGAGGAGCUGGACCUGGAGCCGGAGGACAUGGAGAGCAUCCCCCUGGACCCCUCCGCCUCCUCGUCCUCCCUGCCGCUGCCCGACAGACACUCAGGACACAAGGCCGAGAACGGCCCGGGCCCCGGCGUGCUGGUGCUCCGCGCCAGCUUCGACGAGAGACAGCCUUACGCGCACAUGAACGGGGGACGCAAGAACGAGAGGGCCUUGCCUCUGCCCCAGUCUUCGACCUGCUGAUCCUUGGAUCCCGGAUCCCGUGCAAACAGUAACGUGUGUGCACGCUCGGCGGCGGGUGGGGGGAGGGGGGGAGUUUUCGCAAUCGAUUCACAGCCUCCUGUACCUCAGUGGAUCUCCAGAACUGCCAUUGCUGCCCGCGGGAGACGGCUUCUCUGCAGUAAACACAUUCGGGAUGUUCCUUUUUUCAAUAUGCAAGCAGCUUUUUAUUUCCCUACCCGAACCCUUAACUGACAUGGGCCUUUAAGAACCUUAAUGACAACACUUAAUAGCAACAGAACACUUGAGAAUCGAGUCUCCUCACUCUUUCCCUGUCUCUCCUCUAAUUUUGUCUCCCUCCUCUCUCUCUCUCUCUCUCACCUUUCUCUUUCUUUCUGCUUCAUAAUGGAAAAAUACUUGCCGCAAGCCCAGCUGGGACGCCCUUUUGAUCAAGGAAGCGGCUGUCCCUCCCUGUGGCCCCCCAUUGCCCCUGUGCACACCUGCCUGUCACCGUAGGUCUUUAUAAAAACAAAACAAAACAAAACACCUUGAGACGGAAUUUUUUUACCUGUAUCUUUCACCUUUUUAGGGACAUACAAAAUUUAAAAAGGGCCAUCAUUCAUUCGAGGUUGUCACCAUUUUAACGCUGCCAAAUUCUGCCAAAACCCUGACCUUCCUCCUUCACGGCCCCCCCACACUUAUCUCCUUGUUUCCAGAGGCAUGGGGCGAGCAUGGCAUCUAGUCACAUCAUUUAAGGGCCACACGGAUGACGCGCUCCAUCUGGUCGCCCCUGGCGUUCUUUUCAAGUCUUACGUCCACACAGGUCUGAUCGCUUUCUGACUAGGCUGUUAUUUGGGGGAAGUGGACAGGAUGGGAUUUUCUCUCGGUGAAGACUGGGAGAAGCCAGACCCGGCUUCCCUGCCCCUCUUCCCCACCCCCAUCUGCUAGCCUCCCCAACCCACCCGCCCCCCCCCCCCAACUAGAAUUGUGGAGAAAACAGGCCCUGUCACGAGCCUGGAAGACAUGAGUAAAGGUCGUCCACGUGCCAGUCUCCUGUCCCCCCACCUCAGCCCCCCACCCCUGGCUCCCGGCCCCCAGGACACAGAUGGGAAGGGGUUUCCAGGGACUCAGCCCAACUGUUUAUGCAGGUUUGCAAGGAACAGAAAUUCAGACACCAUCACAACAGUAAGAAGAAAAGCAGUAAAUGGAUUCAAGCAUCCUAAGCUUCGUUGACAUUUCCUCUGUUACUAGGACUUCUCCACGGCCUUACAGUUCUAUGUUAGACCGUGAGACAUUUGCAUACACAUCGUCUUUCAUGUCACUUUUAUAACUUUUUUACGGUUCAGAUAUUCAUCUAUACGUCUGUACAGAAAAAAAAAAGCUGCUAUUUUUUUUGUCCUUUAUCUUUGUGGAUUUAAUCUAUGAAAACCUUCAGGUCUACCCUCCUUCCCUCUCUGCUCACUCCAAGAAACUUCUUACGCUUUGUACUCGAGUGCGUGACUUUCUUCCUCUCUUCCCAGUAAUCGAUAACUUCUCGAACAUAAUCUGCCAUGAACUGUUUGAUGCCUUUUUAUAAAUAACGCCCUCCCCUCCCUGCUCCCCGCUCCCCCUGCCCGUUAGUUGCGUUCUUACCCGUAGGCUCUGUGGGCACGAGGCUGGCGAGGGAGGCCGGCGAGGGAGGCCGGCACCCCCCGCGCCCCCCCUCCCCCGCCCGGCCUGCUCUCUGCCACGCUGGAGUCUGUUACAGUGCAAGACAUGAAGCAAACUCAGGUCAGAAAACAAAAGGUUAAAUACGUUGUUCAGUGUUCCUAGUUGCCGUCGUCAGAGAGUCUCGCCUUCUCUUUCCCUCACCCCCGUGUCAGUCGUGACACACAGAUCUCUCUAUUUUUUUAAUUCCUGGGCACAACAACAGUUGGAGCUGCAGACGCUAGGCAUUUGGAUUACUUCUUUUUUUUUUUUUUUUUUUAAUGGACAUUUAGCCCUUCCAUCCCAUGACAACCGGCUGCUGAGUCCAAGGGUGCAGCAGAGCGGCGUCCCGCGGGCCCCUCCGUGGCCGCCGCCGCCGCCCUCCAGUCCCACCUACCCACCUCCAGAUCCAGAAAGUCCCAGGGGGCCUCCCAGACACUGGCAGGGAGGAGGCCCCCGGGGGGGGCCUCCUCGGGGCAUCAGCCAGCCCCCACCCCCGCCAGGGUACGGGGUCAGAGGGGCCCGGUCGGGACGGAGCGCGCACGGACACCACGGUGGCCGGUGGCCCGGUGGCCCAGGAGCCCGGUGCGCCCCCCCGGGGCGGUUGAGGGGGGACUGGAGCCCUGGCGCCGGCUCGCUCCCCCGCGGCCAGGAAUCCCAGUCCUCGGGGCCCGGGGCCCAGGGGUCUUGUUUUGUUUAGUUUUUAGCACUUCUCACCAGAGUGAUGACAGCACCCGAGUUGCUUCUGGGAUGGAAAUGUUUAAAGUACGAGGAAGAACAAAGCUAAAGUCUGACGGUUGCCAGUCGAGACUGGAGACGAGACACGAGAAAGCGAGCGUGUCGCGCUUUUUCUGGUCGGUUGCUUCAGUCCUGCCUUGUUCUCGAGCCUCUGCCCCGUAGUUUUUCCCCCUUAAAAAAAAAAAAAGAAAAAACUGAGAAAAAGAAAAAAAGUUAAUUAAGAAGGUAUUAUAUGUAGGAGUUUUAAUUUAUUUUGUGAUACCAGUUUCAAUCACUGUAGAGAAGCCCCCCCAUUAUGAAUUUAAAUACCGAGGAAAGGGUUUUGUGUGUGCGUGUGUGUGUAAGACAGGAGAGUUUUCGGGUUUCUUUUGGUUUUUUUGGUUUUGUUUUCGUGUUUGGUUUUGGUUUUCAAACAUUUAUCUACCUCACUCUUAUUUUUUAUAUGUGUGUAUAUACAGACGACUACAUCUCCCAUCUCUCAGCACCUGACAGCAUGCCGUCGGUACCGGUAACCUCAUCCACACACAGGCUGCGCACACCAGGCAGGGAGAGGCCAGGAGGCCGUAUUCCGGGUCGGAGCCACACUAACCCGCCUCUCCGCUCAGUUCACACAGCUUGCCUUUUCCCCAGACUUCUCGUCUUCUCCUCCCCCUCCUCCUCCCCCUCCUCCUCCCCCUCCCCUUCCUCGCUGGGCUUCCUGGGAGGCUCCUGUUAGGAUUCCCUUCCUCCCUCCCGGCCCAGGGCGCCCCGAGCGGCAGCGGGGUGGGGGGCUGGGAGGCUGCCUGGCCGUCCCAGGCUGUCACUGAAACAGCCUUUGCGCGGAUCGAAUGACACGCAAAUUUGGUCAUCUGAGAGACGACUCGUUUUGCAGGUUUUGAGGACAGGGAGCACCGAGGUGGGCAGUCAGUCUCUGGGCCAUGACCGCGCCUGUCCCGUGCGGCGGCGUUCGGGUCUCGGGCCGCCCCUUCGGCCGCCAAGGCCAGGCCUGCACUGGUUCCGAUCGCUGGUGCAGCCACGUCGGCGCCUUGAGCGCCCGGCCCUCAGGCCUCCUGCCCGAGCGCACAGAGGGCGCUGCACUCGAGGAUGCACACAGGAGGGCCCCCCUCCCCCCGACUGUUCCCCCACUUCCCCCUCAUCCCCUCCUCCCCCAGGGGAAAACAGAGACCAACCCUUCGGGCUGGAAGGGACUGGCGGCGGACGCCCGGCCUCCUCCCAGGGUGGCACUGCCUCCCCGCCACCCCGCUGCUCACAGGGGCGGAUGGCGGGCUCCCCACUUCCAGCAGCUGCUCUCACAGGCACUGGCACCCUUUCUAGGAGACGUGGGAGGGGGGCUCCCCAAGGGCGGGGGGUUCCUUUCAGACCCCGCGCUGCAGCUCCGUCCUGCCGGCACACCACUCUCUUUCCCCCACCCCCUGGCAUCUUAAGGUCACUGAGAAAUACUGUCAGAUCAGGGUUUUCUUCUUCCACACCGUAGGUGACCCCUUGGAAUAGUAGCCUCUCCUCUUUUGCACAAACCUCCCGGUUUCCACAACUGGAUUUCUACAGAUCAUUCAGCUGGUUCUAAGGGUUUCGUUUCAACUGUCCAAGUCGUCGGUGUCCUUCUGUCUUUGUUUUAUGUAGGCAGUUGCUCUUUAAGUAGAAAGAAAACACUAAUAGCGUAGUGCCCAUCCUAACGAAUGCUUCAGAAACACUCAAAUAAAAGAAAAUUUUGCUUGCGCGAUGGUGCAGUCAUUUUACUGGACCAAACCACCCACCUUGACUCUACCAAGGCAUCAUCUGUCCACAGUUCUAGCCUCAUCGUAUGCUGAUUUUCCCGCCUCUUCUUGAGUUUUCUCUUUUGUAGGCUCCACAUAAUUUAAUCAAGCUGAGUUGUGGCAUUUUUUUCCAUGCAACCUCCUUCUGACAGCAGCUCACGCUGCUUCAAGUGACGUGAACCACUGAGGCACAUCAUUGAAUUGAUGUGAGCAUUAAAACAUUAGUACACACAGCCCUUCCCCAAGGCAGCGGGAGCUGGUGUGUUCUGGAGACACUGUCGAACUUCAGCUGUGUGACGCCCAGACCACCCCAGCUCUCCUUUAUGGGAUGUCAUGACGUUUGACACACAGUUGGAAUGAGCUUCCUCCUUGGAAGAUAGAAGACCGUGUUUGUGGCCAACAGUGGCCUCUCCUUCCAAUCUGUCUCUUAGGACGUGGGACGACAUUUCAAUGGCAGGAAAAGUGGCUUCGUAAAAUAGGGGGAAAAAAGUGGUUACUGUGGAACUACCCAAUGGCAAAAUGCUUGGCACGAGGUGGUGUGUUUUGGUUGGGAUAACGAUUUCCGAGCCAAGUAUGAUGCCAAUUUCUAGGCCAGUUUGUUCCACCAAAGCCUCUUUCUCAGCAGCUCACCUCUGUUGGCAGGUGGCUGUGCAUGAUGCAGGCUGCUGUUGUGGCAAGGCCACACUAGCUCAGAUUGGUGAGAAGGCUAGGAUGCUUGGCCCAAGGUCCUCAGCUGUCACUGCUGGGUCCUCCUGGGGUGGCCAGUGUCAAAGGCAACUCCUUUCCAAAACACAGGCACCCUCCGGUUGACAGUAAUGCUCCACAGUAUGCCUUGGCCCGUUCCAGCAGUCCCAGAAACGCAUGUAAGGUUUGGGGUUUGUUCUUUUGUUGCUGUUAACUUCUGUGUUUGUCAGCUGUUGUUGUUGUUGUUUUGUUUUGUUUUUUUUAAUUUCCUGGGCUAAGCAGCAUUGGGAGAUACGGACCAGAUCCACUCUCUAAGCACGAGUGAUGAAAGUCAAACUUUCUUCCUCCCCUCUGACUAGUCGGUGGCACAAAUGAGAACUUCUAGAGAGGAUGCUGUGUAGAUUGAACCUCUGUUGCCAGAGAUGCUGAAGAUACAGACCUCAGACAGGCCAGAAGGUUUCAUUUUGGGCAUCCAGCUUAGAUGACUGGUUGGUCAUUUAGAGGAAAAGCAGAUGAACACUCCUUGAGGGUGGGAAGAUCAGGCAGCGGGAAGCCACUGUAACAGGGUCACAACGUGACACGGAGCAAAGACUGGCAAGCAGAAGGGUACAGGGCUAGGAAGAAGUGUGGGCCAUGUUUUGAACUUGAUGGUUUCUGAAGGUAUCAGACCACAUCAAGGCGCAGCAGUCAUCCAAGGGCAUUUGGUUCCAACACAUAAACCUGACAUCCUCCUUCGGAAACGGUUGCUGCAGUUCAGUGAGAUCGUUCAAGAACGCGAACUGCAUCGCACCGGUCGGUUGUCAGUUCUGGGGCAUGACUUUAGAGUUUUGUUUCACCUUGUUUAUGCAAGGACAUAAUGGUCGCUCAUCUGUACGUCCACGUUUGCGUGUGUCCACAUCUUUCUGGUUAAACAUUGUUUUAAUUAGUCACUCAUUAGUGUUUUCAAUAGGGCUCUUAAGUCCAGUAGAUUACGGGUAGUCAGUUGACGAAGAUCUGGUUUACAAGAACUAAUUAAAUGUUUCAUUGCAUUUUUGUAAGAACAUAGAAUAAUUUUAUAAAAUGUUUGUAGUUUAUAAUUGCCGAAAAUAAUUUAAAGACACUUUUUUUCUCUGUGUGUGCAAAUGUGUUUGUGAUCCAUUUUUUUAGGACACCUGUUUACUAGCUAGCUUUACAAUAUGCCAAAAAAAAAAAAAAAAAAAGAUUUUU